AUGGCCAGCGCUGGGCAUGACAUCGUCCGCCCGGCCCCAGCGCAGACCCAUCCUGCUCCACCCAGCCAGCCCUUCCACUACCGCUCCGGUCACGCCUCCUCGCUCCCCUCCAUGGACCCCUUCUCGCAGGACUCUGCAUACCACGGCGACACCGAGCCAGACAUGGACGGCCUGCCCGACGACGCUGACUCUGAUAUGGAUGACACACAGCCCGGCGGCGUGCCCAUCCCGUCUGGCGAACCCUAUCUGGGCUUCCAUCAUGGACUACAGACGACGCCUUCCGCUCCGCCUCUCUCUCAUCUACAGCCCCCAGCACCCCAGGCACCCGUGGAAGACACCUCGCCUCCAGCAAACGAGGAGGGUGAUUUCUCAUGGCCGGAGCCUUUCACAUUCCAAGGAGCGGCGUGGCCGCUCACAUCCCAAGCGGGCGCUGGCAGUGGCACAACACCCGCUUAUGUUCCCAUCAACAACCAGCCACCGUCUUUCAGUCUCGGGAACGCGCAGUUCGUCAUUCCGCCCUACUGGGAAGACUAUGAGGUCAAUACACCUUCCGUGGACGACUACAACUUCAAGUCAGAUAUCUGCAAGUUCAUGGAGACUUGGAGAGUCGCUGCUGGCAUCCCAGAAUAUGGAUUGAGCAAAAUCGGAUCUGAGGCUUCCAGGGUCAAGCACUGGGACCGCCCUCGGUCAAUACUGAGGGAAGAUCUGCAAGGAAACCGAUACGACAUCCAAGGCAUCAACUGGGACAGGCUCGAGACGGUUCGAGAGGCCGCCCGAGACGCCCGCACCAAGCUCUAUCAGGUUUCUGUGGGUCGAGUCGGCGUACUGCCGCCCAGAAUGGCAAGGAGACUGCCCAACACUGAGAGUUAUUUCCGUUUUCGGAGAAUGAACACAAACCACCAGGCUCUGAUAGCCCAUUUCCAGCUGCGCAACCUCAUUUCUGCCACCUCACGGGCUGAUAUUUUCUAUGCGGGUCGGUCGAGAGUGAUGCGCACCGACUCGUCGGGCGUCUCGACGAGCUGUGUCAUGGAUCUGACGAGGUCCCAAUUCGACUCACUGCACUCUGCAACGUUCGACAUUACGUCGAUGACGGCCUCGGAGAACAUUCUUAUUGCAGGUGGCUUCCAUGGGGAAUACGCACUGGUCGACCUGCAGUCGGAAUACGGCAGCAAGCCUACGCAGGGCUUCAUCACGCACGAGCCAAACGGCAUCACCAACCACGUGCACACGUUUGCGAACCGUAACACGGGCGGCAACAUGGCCGUCUUCUCGUCGAACGACAAGCGCCUCCGCGUUUUGGACUGCACCACGAACCGCUUCGUCCACGACUUCGGAUACGAAGAUGCCAUCAACUGCUCUGCCACUUCGCCCAACGGCCGCAUGCGCAUGGUGGUCGGCGACUUUUCAGAAACGCUGAUUACAGAUGCCGAAACCGGGCGUCCGUUCGAGCGCCUGGCCGGGCACGACGAACACACGUUUGCGUGCGCCUGGGCUGACGAUGGCAUCCACCUCGCCACGGGCGCUCAGGAUUCCAAGGUUGUCGUGUACGACGCGCGUUGGUGGGGGCGGCCACUUUCAGUCAUCGCAUCAACCAUGGCCUGCCCGCGCAGCCUGCAUUUCAGCCCUGUCGGCGGUGGGCGGCGUGUGCUGCUGUCAGCCGAAGCAGACGACGUGGUCAGCGUGAUCGACGGGCAGACGUUCGAUCGCGCCCAGACGCUCGAUUUCUUCGGGUCCGUCAGUGGGGUUAGCUUCGUCCCCGACGGGUCCAGUUUCUUCGUGGCCAACAGCGACGGCAAGUUCGGCGGGAUCAUGGAGUUCGAGCGGGCCAGCUGGGGCGAGAGGGCGGGCGUCCAAGCCGAGCCCGGGACGGAGCGCCGCGAGAGAGGUGGGUCGAAUCUCAGCGGCAGGCGCGUGAGCCGCGCAGUUGACCACAGGCAGACCGAGUGGGCGAACGACGUCGACGUCGACGCCGAUGCGAGGACGAAACUGGGCUCCGUGGCGCGGAGGAGAAGAGGCCUCGGCCUGGGUGAGCUUGUCGUGUAG